UCACAAAUAUAGACUACCUGUGUACAGAAUCUUUCCAGUUUAGUCGGCGGCAUUUCUAACGAACAGGAACUACUUCACAAAAGUACCUUCGUAGACGUUGCACCAUGCCAUUCGUUCCCGUUGAAACUCCAAAAUGCCCCGCAUGCGGCAAAUCCGUGUAUGCUGCUGAAGAACGUGUAGCCGGUGGCUACAAAUUCCACAAAACCUGUUUCAAAUGCAGCAUGUGCAACAAGGCGUUGGACUCUACAAACUGCACAGAACACGAAAAGGAACUGUUUUGUAAAAACUGCCACGGACGGAAAUACGGUCCCAAAGGUUACGGUUUCGGCGGUGGUGCUGGCUGUCUGUCCACGGACACUGGCGCUCAUUUGAACAGAGAAUUUGUUACACCAAAAGUUCCCCCGAAAGCACCUGAUGGGAAAGGUUGCCCAAGGUGUGGUAUUUAUGUAUAUGCAGCAGAACAAAUGCUGGCGCGAGGGAAGGGCUAUCAUCGAAGGUGUUUUAAGUGCACUCAGUGUAACAAAACUUUAGAUUCUACUCUUCAUUGUGAUGGACCUGACAAGGACAUUUAUUGUCGAGGUUGUUAUGCCCAGAAAUUUGGUGCUAGGGGAUACGGUCAUAUCGGUAUAUCAUCUUUAGGCUUAAUGUCCGACAUUAAAGAUUCUGAGCGGCAGAGUGAUAUGGCUCCAAAAACAGCUGCCAUAAAUGUGGACCAAAUCAAGGCACCAAUAGGUGAAGGUUGCCCCCGAUGUGGGGGCGUGGUUUUUGCAGCUGAGCAAGUUUUGUCAAAGGGACGUGAAUGGCAUAGAAAAUGUUUUAAGUGCCGUGAUUGUACCAAAACAUUGGAUUCAAUAAUUGCAUGCGAUGGGCCGGAUAAUGAAGUAUAUUGCAAGACCUGCUAUGGGAAAAAAUGGGGACCACAUGGCUAUGGAUUUGCGUGUGGAUCAAGCUUUUUACAAACCGACGGUCUAAAUGAAGACGAUAUCGCAGCCCAAAGACCGUUUGUCUGCCCUGAUACAACAUCCAUUAAGGCUCCAUCAGGGGAGGGAUGUCCACGCUGCGGUGGAGCCGUAUUUGCUGCGGAGUUACAGCUGUCCAAAGGAAAGAUGUGGCACAGGGUGUGCUUUAACUGUGCCCGGUGCCACCGGCCGUUAGAUUCAGUUCUUGCUUGUGAUGGUCCUGAUGAUAAUAUUUACUGCAAACUUUGCUACGCAAAGCUCUAUGGGCCUAAAGGAUUUGGAUAUGGGCACACACCAACAUUGGUUUCUACGAACUAUGACUCCUCCAUUAUCAACUGGAUCUCGAAGGCACCAUGCGGGUUGCGCUCUACGGAUGGAUGUCCUCGUUGUGGUUUCGCUGUUUAUGCAGCCGAGCAAAUGAAGAGCAAGAAUAAUGUUUGGCAUAAGCUGUGCUUCUACUGUUCGGAGUGCAGAAAAUAUCUGGAUUCUACUAACCUAAACGAUGGCCCUGAUGGCACCAUUUACUGUCGUUCGUGUUAUGGAAAAUAUUUUGGUCCAAAAGGCGUUGGCUAUGGCAUUGGUGCUGGAACGUUAACAAUGGCUUAGUUAAAAGAAACUUUUCACCAAAAAUAUAAUCGUAACACUCGUGAACCUUAUCCAAUUUCGACAAAAAAAACCGCUAUUAUGCAAAACUAUUAGUCUAUUUUAAAUAUUUGCUGGUCUAUCGCUUAAGGUUUGCUUAUAUAUUAUUAUCAUAAUUUAUAUGCAUAGGUAGCCUAAUAAUACAUGAGAUCGAUUGUUUAUAGUUUCUAAGCUUGUUUAUGGCUUGCAUAGUAAUAACUUGUAAAAAUAACAAUAAACAUAGAAAAAAAUGAUAUUGUAAAUUUCAAUUUAA